AUGGUCUUCGCGGCCCAAACGCGGCAUCUAAAACGAGCCCUGGAGCUGCACGGCAUUGAGCUCAUAUACGCAACCGGGCCAUUUGAAUGCGACCCGGGUUACGGCGUGUCACCCUUCUUUGACGACUGUGGUCCUUUCUACCGCUGGUGUCCUAACGAUCCGCGGGACCUCGACGGUCAAGACGCUGUCGAGGACGAUCUCACUGAUUCAGCGGCCAUGACAGCGGGCAUCAUCGAGAUGUUUGAAGAUCUGAGAUACGAAUUCGGAGACAACAUCAACGACGUAAACAGCCCCGAAAGCUUUAUAGGGAUCCUCGGCUUUUCUUCUGCUGCAGCUGUGGUAGCAGGAAUUCUUGCUUCCCAAGAAGACGGUUCAGGGAAUCCCUUCUCCAUGUGGCAUCGCUUUCAGUUUGGAGUCCUAAUCAAUGGGACUGGGCCACCCACAAGGUUUUUAGGCGCAAACGGCAGCAAGCAACCAAUCAAGGUCCCAGUUCUAUCAGUCGUGGGCAAACAAGACCAGUGGCAGAGCCAGAGCAAACUCCUAAACACCUAUUUCGAUAGGAACUUGAUGACGUGUCUGGAGUUUGACAAUGGGCACAAGAUACCCUCUGAGCAGAAGCAGGUCGAAGAGAUGGUGCUUACUAUCCUAAAGAUGAUACCCAAGACUUAA